UCGAAGAUAUCAAAAUUCCGAACGCUGUAUUUAAAUCAAUCGAAAUUAUUGCUUAUUUAUUUUAUAUUUUAAUUUGCUAAAUUAAAAUAGGAUGGAUUCGGAUAGUUUGCAGCAAAAAGCUUUGGACGUACCAGAAAUUGACGAUUCUUUUGAUCCAAAUUUUGAACCCCAGGAUGGUGAAGAAUAUCUUAUGAAAGUUGUAUAUGAAAGAAGAACUUGUCCGGCAGUUGUCGUGAAACCUUUAAAAAAUGAAACUUCAAUUAACAUUAAUGCAGCUACUCAUAUUACGAAUGAAUUCAAUGAUUCGUCUCCGGAACAUUUGAAGCCAAAUAAAAUUUGGAAACAAAUGCAAUUAGAGACAUUUAAUGAUGCUCGUCAAAAGAUUAGUCAAUUAAGGGAACAGAUUGCUAAGCUUCAUACAAACAAUUUUAAUGAAUUUCCGUUAAUUGAGGAAUGCGAUUCAUGGAAGAUAUUUUGUCAAGAAAAUGAGCCUUUGACACAUAUUGUUUUAAAUAUAUCUCAAAGAGAUCUCGAAAAAAUAUUGGAGUAUCAAUCAAUUUGGUUGAGUGCAGAAGAUCAACCUGUAGAAUUAUUUGAUGGAGGCAUACAAAAUGUGCAUAUGGUCAACUAAAAAUUAUGAGCAUGAGGGGGAUUACAUCUGAAUUGGAUUAUAUAUUAGAUACUUUUAUUUUAAUUUUUAUAUUUUAGUUUGUUACUAUAAUACAUAAUAUAGAUAGAGUGACAAGAAUAAAUUGAUAUGGAAUUGUGAUAAUUUUAAUGUGUGAUUUGCUUAAAUUGAAUGUCAUGGUAUGGCCAGAAUCAUCAAUAAUCCCACUUACGUACAAAUAGAAACGAUUUACUUACAGAUUUCAUAUAUGGGGUGGUGUUAAAAAAGAGUGUGUUGGAGUUGUAUAUUUUUUUUAAUUUCACUUUAAUAUUUUUCAAUGUCAAGUGCCACCCUAAUAAAAUUUUUAUAUUAAUAUUUUUUGUCCGUUUUUUUUUGCUUUUCUUUGCUUUUUUAUAUUAUUGAAAUAAUUUUAAAAUUAAGUGAUGAAAAUUAUUGUAAAAUUAGAGGAUUGAUCAUUUUUCUAAAACGUGUUGAUUAGAUUUAAAAUAUUUUUUGUAUACUCGUACAUAUAUCUAUGUAUGUAUGUAAGGUAUAUUUACAUCUAGUAAGAAGUGCAAAUUAUAUGCACUGUGCAAGCAAGCAGCAUUCUAUUGAAAAGAAGAAAGCCCUACCUUUGCUAAAGUGCGUGGGAAGUGACAAAACAUUCAUGUAUUAUAGGUAGGCACUAUAACAAAGUGCCAUUUCGAGUUAAAGGAACUUAUUUUUUUGAUAAAAAUAAAAAUUUUUGAUUUUGUAUUUAGCUUUUUAGUUUAUUUUAAAAAGCAAUUAAAAAUA